AUGUGCUGCGUGCUCACAGUGAGCGGUUUACUUGCAGAUGUGUACUCCAAAAGAGUCUACCAGGGAGUCCGAGUGAAACAUACAGUGAAAGACCUCCUGGCUGAGAAGAGAUCAAGACAGACAAAUGGAUCCAGAUACAAUGGAGGAACGAGUCCUCCUCAGUCGGCCUUCGUCCAAAUGCCAGGAUCCCACAUGCUUCCUGGUUACUAUGGCAUGAGAAGGCCAUUUAUCUCCGACACCGAGCUCUGCCACAGCACAAAGCCAUUCUCGCCGGAGGGCUACACCCCAACCCUUGGAUCCAAGCCCCUUUCCUGUGACCCCACUGCCAUGACAGGAUACCCUUCCUUCAUGGACGGGUACUACCCCGAGUCCCUGGGAGACUACCGGAGCUCUGCCUUCUCCACUGGGGGGAACUCUCUCUUCCCCCCGGCAGCGCUGCCCUCCCUCCUACCCACCUUCUCUGGGGACUCCUCCCACUUCUUCCUGAGAGACUCCUGGGAGCAGAACACCACAGACGCUGUGAAUCAGACUGAGGUCCUGUGCUCUGACGGGCUGGCCACGGCGCCGGCCCCACCUCCAGCCCCACCUUCCCUGACCAGCCCAGAGACCACAAGUCCCAACCACUACCGGACCUCCGGCCGCGGCUCGGGGCUUUCCACCUCGCAGUCCUACCCGCUGCACUCUCUGGACGAUGCGCACUACCCCACCUCCUACCCUCCUACCCCCAGCUACUUGGCCUGCCCUUCCUACAUGACUACCCCCAAUGAGCUGGCAUCCAAAAUGACCCCGCUACCCUCGGAGGACUCCAACACAGCCCCGUCCUCUAGCGACACCCUCUCCUGGGCCAAAGAUGAUGGCAGCGGCUCCUGGUCUCCAUAUGAGGUCCGGAGAGCGUACUGAA